AGCCCUUAGACCCUUAAACCCUAAAACCCUCUGAAACUGCAAAAUAUUCCGAGGAGUCUCUUCCAUGGCGCGCCUAAUCCGACCCCUGAGAAAAUCCACUCCUUUUCCUUCUUCUUCCAGAAUCCCAAUUCAUCAAUCGCCCACUUUGCAUUUCGCACAUGAAAAACAAGUCUCCCUCUUAAACCCUUCACUCCAACCAUCGCAAUUCCGGCGAACUUACAUCUCCGAAAUGCGCAAAUCGGCCUUCGAAGGCAACAUUCUCAGACUCCUCCGGAGGGAAAUACAGUACGAGCUCGAUCACUCUCCUGCCACUCAGCCAGUUACAAAAUUUAAGUCGUUUACAGUUAACGACCGGCCUGGUGAGCAAUGGAUAGCCUUGAAGACAAAGUUUGGAGAGAAAGAAGACAUUAAGAUCGAAGCCACGAUGUUUGAUGGAUCUGUUCCUGUUCCAAAUUCCAAAGGUGGUGCUAGCCUUGGAAAAGAUGUGCAGCUUCACAUUACAAUGAUUGUUAAUAUCUCCAAGAAGGAAGGCGGCAAUGUGUUUGAGAUUAUGUGUUCAGCUUGGCCAGAUACUAUAGAGAUCAACAAGCUUUUCGUCCGAAAACCUGAGAAGAUGCCAGCUCAGCCUUAUGCGGGUCCUGAGUUCAAGGAACUUGAUGAUGAGUUGCAAGACUCACUUUAUGAAUUCUUGGAAGCGAGGAGUAUAAACGAUGAUCUUGCUAUUUUCUUGCACGAAUACAUGAAGAACAAAGAUAAAACUGAGUUCAUUAGAUGGAUGGGGACUGUGAAAUCAUUUAUUGAAAAGAAAGUAGAGUGAUUGUGCAGCAUUUGGAUGACCUUGAUUUAUCAAUCCUGUUUGCGUUGAGUAAUGAAAUUGGCAUGAUUAUGCAAGUGGAGCUUCCUCUUAUGUUUUUAAAUCUUUCAUUGUUGUUUUAACUUUCCAUCUGAGAAAAAAAUUAUGAAAUUAUGUAGCUAUUAAUCUUGAAUGCUUUAGACAAGUUGUUGCAUUAGAUCAUCAAAAAUAGUAGAAGAGCCCUCUAGUGAUGGCAUAUGCCAUCUGUUUAGGUUGUAAAAUUUGUUAAAACUGUCUUCUUUUUCUGUUUCUUCUCAAUCAACACCAAGAUCCAUGCCCUAA